AUGACUAAUCUAAGUGGGAUAUGGUAUCUCCGUUCUCCGAUCUCCACUGCUGCUGUUGUUCCGACAGAUAUGAACCUACAUGUGAUCUCUCAGAUUGUCUUACCCUGGACCCAGGUCCUCUGCCUUUUCGUAGAUAGUGUUUCAGAAAUGCGAGAACUCCAGCGGCUGCUUGAUCGGCCCCCUCACAAGAUACAAGUGGGAUCCCGUUCUGUCGCCGUUCGCUUCAAAGUUCUCGUCGUUCUCACCGCCCCUCAAGACUAUGGUCCACAUGAACUAGCUGCGGCGGUUCCGCAAGAUCAAUCCCGCGACGUGGUUGCUCCAGAAAUCACGUUUGUAGAUCUACGAGAUCGGCACGAAUUGUCCCCUAUGGCCGCCUUUGAGCCAUUGCGCCGGGUCAUUCUUGAUAAGCUUCAGUCAGUCCAGGUGGAACAGAGGCAGCAUGGACUGUUGUUCUCUGCUAUUCAUCUUUGCGCGCUCUGGAAAAGCAACUUGGAGUCCCAGAUGCGAGGACUAGAUACUACAGCCUUCGAUUGUCUCCGCGUAGCGCGAAAGAAUUAUCCAUCAACGCUGAAUAGAAAGGCAUGCCUCGUGGAGUUCUUGAGACAGACUGAGAAAACAGGUUGCGAGGCUCAGGACAUUAGCUCAUUUGUCGCUUCAGCGAUUUUGAUAGACGCCUAUCCGCCAGGGAUGCAUUCCUGCAUGUCUCGAGCUUUUUUGUCUUAUUGGCUGACAGUCUCAGUGUUCAAUCCAAGCCACGUCUUCGAUGAAUUGUACAGAAGUGACUGCACAGAUGGGUGGGGCACGCAGAAUAGAGUUGAUAUGAGCCCGUCCGAGUUUUGCGAUGGGGUGCUGGCCCGCUUCACUGAUUUUUUCAAAUCAAUAGAUCCAAUGACCCCACCUGUGGCUGUUCGACGACGCAUGCUACGCAGGUUUCACCGACGGUGGGGAGGUCUGUACUCCUCUACCAGUUGCUUCUUCUGCCUGAACCGAGCGCCGGAACAUAUGUUGGCUUGUCGGCAUGCCAUGUGCGACAAUUGCGUGGUCAUAUUUGGGUCUAAAAGCUCGGCCGGGGAGCACGCCCUCGAGGUCACACAGUGUCCGAUGUGCGGUACCGAGGUUCAUCUGGCAGUGCGACAGCUACCGCCGACAAAAGGACCGAAUAUAUUGAGCCUCGACGGCGGUGGCAUUCGGGGGAUUGAGCAGCUUGGUUUGCUUCAGUCGUUGGAGAAGCGGCUGGGUGGAGAUCUUCUGACCGGAGUAUUUGACUUAUGCGUAGGCACCAGUGUGGGGGCGUUGAAUAUCAUGGACUUGGUCUUCAACCAUUCUUCCGCAGAUAGCAGUUUCCGCCGCUUCCCAGACCUUGCACGAAAGAUUUUCCAGCAGCCAGCAAAGCCGGUCCAAGCUCUCAAAUGCCUAGCCUGGAUCACAGGUUUAAAACGUCUUCUCCUGGACGGAAAGUACGAUGAUCAUUUGCUAGAGGAAACCCUGAAGGCUGCAUUAGGACCGCAUCGCCGAAUUUUUGAUGUCGGGACGACAUGCGGCACCGACAGCCGGGUAGCGAUCAUUGCCAGUCGCAUCUCGGACGGAAAAGCCUGCCUGCUGGCCAAUUACCGUGGCAUCGGUCGGCAUGCUGGAAUGUCAGCAUACGAAUUUCUGAUGCCUCAAAGUCAAGAUCAAAAUCCAUUAUUGUGGGAAGUCUUUUUCCGAACCAAAAGUCUCCCUGGGUUCGGUCCGCUGCAAGACGGAGGGGUACGUGCGAACAACCCGCUGUCUAUCGCUCUGAAAGAGUCCACUCUGAUCUGGCCCGGUCGGAACAGGCCCGAUCUGCUGGUGUCGGUGGGUACGGGGUAUACAGCACCUGAACGACAGUUCCGCCACACGAGGCCGGGCGGGAUCUUGCAGGACGGUGCCGUUGCGCGCUUGAUUCGCGCAACGGUCUCAUCCCCCUCCAUGGAUGGUGAGCAGGCCUUUCUCGAAGCGCAGAACUAUGUUUCCAGCCACAUGCGGGCGGACAUCUACCGGGUGAAUAAACUGUUCCAUGGACCGCUCCCGUGGCUGGACGAUGUGGAAAAGUUGGCCGAGUUGGCUGAGUCAACAUUCUGCGUGCCAGACGAGUUAGUUCGGGCAAUCCUGGUGACGGGGACAUUAUUCUUUGAACUCGAUGGCUGUCCUACGAUGAGGCAGGGGACGAUCUUCUGUGAGGGUUCAAUUCUCUGCACGAGCACACAGCCUCGGAAGUUGAUUGGUCGUAUUCUCGCUGAAAUUCCUGGCGCAGAGUUCCAGAUUGACCAUCAAGGGCCCCUCGGCCUAGUUGGAGAGGACAAUGGCUGUCAGGACUGUGGAUACUAUCGCAAAAAAGUCUCAUUCGCAGUCAAUAGUCUCGAUGAACCUUUCACAAUUCAAAUUAGCAAUGCUGGAUCGCAGACGCGACUGGGAGGUUUUCCUAAAUCCGUUCAAAAACUCUUAGAUGAGCAGCAAAUGCAGAGUUCCUUUGGCCGCCCGGAUCACCGGACCGAUGCGUGGCCGCCAGCGAGACGAUGCUUCUGUCGCCGGGGAACCAAAAGGCGGGUCACAUUCGUCGAACCUUCCCUUGGGGAAAAGAGGAGGCGUUUGUGA